CCAUUAGUUUAACGUCUAUAACCUCCAGUAAGAUCAAUUGCAAUUGGACAUGUUUCGUUUAGGUGCAACUCAAGUCGCCCGUACUACCGGGGCCAGAAACUAUGCCACUUUAAGAGAAAUUGAAAUGCGUCUUAAGUCUAUUAAGAACAUUGAAAAAAUUACUAAUACCAUGAAAAUCGUUGCAUCCACUAGAUUAAAUAAAGCUCAAAGAGCUAUGGCAUCAUCCAGAGUGUUCAACAAAUCAGAUUCUGAAUUUUAUGCUAAUGCUGAACCAGAAACUCCUGAACAAUCUAAAACUUUAUUAGUUGUUGUAUCUUCUGAUAAAGGUUUAUGUGGAUCUAUUCAUUCUCAAAUUUCUAAAUCAGCUAGAAGAAGAGCUGCAGAAUUAAAUGGUGAAGUUGAUAUUGUUACUAUUGGUGAUAAAGUUAAAACUCAAUUAUUAAGAACUCAUGGUGAUAAAUUAAAAUUAUCAUUUAAUGGUGUUGGUAAAGAAGCUCCAAACUUUACUGAAGUUUCAUUAAUUGCUGAUGAAAUUGCAACAUUAGGCAAAUACGAUAAUAUUGAAGUUUUAUACAAUAAAUUCCUUUCUGGUGUCUCAUUUGAACCAUCUAAAUUCUCUGUAUUUGCUGCUGAAGCUAUUGAAAAGGCUCCAGGUUUAAGUAAAUAUGAAUUAGAAUCAGAAAAUACUUCGGAAACUUUAGCUGAAUUCUCAUUAGCUAAUUCUAUUUUAGCUGCAAUGGCUGAAGGUUAUGCUUCUGAAGUUUCUGCUAGAAGAAAUGCUAUGGAUAACGCUUCUAAGAAUGCUGGUGAAAUGAUUAACUCUUUUACCAUCUUAUAUAACAGAACCAGACAAGCCGUUAUUACUAAUGAAUUAGUGGAUAUUAUUACUGGUGCUUCAUCCUUAGAUUAAGCUCAUACUCUUUUUAUUUAUUUCUUUUCAUUAUUUAGACUCAAUAAUGCUUUGAAACUUACAAAAUAUACGUUCAUGAUAUAAAAAUAAUAUAAGGGUAGAUAUGUAUAUGUAUAUGUAUAUGUAUAUAUAUAAUAAUAAUAAUAAUAAUAAUGCAGAUAUUAAGACUGAC